AUGAUCAAUAAAUUACUUAUAGCAAACAGAGGUGAAAUAGCAUGUAGAGUUAUUCGUACUGCUAAGAAGAUGGGUAUUAAAACAGUAGCCAUUUAUUCAGAUAUUGAUAGAGAUAGCAAAUUCGUUAGCAUGGCUGAUCAAGCUUACAGAGUUGGUCCUGCACCUUCAUUGUAAAGCUAUUUGAAUUCAUAGAAGAUAAUAGAAAUUGCUCACGACUCUAACUGUUCAGCUAUUCAUCCUGGUUUCGGUUUCUUAUCAGAAAAUGCAGACUUUGCUGAUGAAUGUACAACAAACAAAAUUAUUUUUGUUGGUCCUCCAACUGAUGCAAUUAGAAAAAUGGGUUCUAAGAGUGAAUCUAAAAUCAUUAUGACUAAUGCAAAAGUCCCAGUAGUCCCUGGUUAUCAUGGAGAAAACUAAGAUAAAGAUUACCUCUUUGAGUAAGCUCGUUCUAUUGGAUUCCCUGUAUUAAUUAAGGCUGUCUUAGGUGGUGGUGGUAAGGGUAUGCGUAUCGUUACUAAGGAAAGCGAAUUUUUUGAAGCUUUAGAAAGUGCCAAAAGAGAAUCUUUGAAAGCUUUUAAAGAUGACAGAGUCUUAAUUGAAAAAUAUAUCUAAAAGCCAAGACAUAUUGAAGUUUAAGUUUUUGGUGAUCAUCAUGGCAAUUAUGUACAUCUGUUUGAAAGAGAUUGCUCAAUUUAAAGAAGACAUUAAAAAGUCAUUGAAGAAGCUCCUUCAAAUAUUAAUUGGGAUCUCAGAAAUAGCAUUGGUUCAAGUGCUGUUGAUGCUGCUAAGGCUGUUGGAUAUUAUAAUGCUGGUACAGUUGAAUUUAUUUUCGAUUUGAUUUCAAAUCAAUAUUACUUCAUGGAAAUGAACACAAGAUUAUAAGUUGAACAUCCUAUAUCUGAAAUGAUUACAGGAGAAGAUUUUGUUGAAUGGUAAUUAAGAGUUGCUUAAGGCGAAAAAUUACCCAAGACCCAAGAUUAGUUAAAAAUUAGAGGUCAUUCUAUUGAAGCAAGAAUUUAUUCUGAAGAUCCUUACAAUAAUUUCCUUCCUGGUAAUGGUAACCUCGAAUUCUUUAGAGAGCCUAAGGAGGAACCUGGUGUUAUUAGAUUAGAAAGUGGUGUAAGAGAAGGUGAUGACAUCUCUAUCUUCUACGACCCUAUGAUUGCUAAGCUUGUUGUUUGGGGUAAGGAUAGAUCUGCUGCUAUCGGAACACUUAACAAAGCUUUAAAUGACUACAAGGUUGUAGGAUUACCAACAAACUUGAGAUUCUUAAGAACAUGCAGUCAACAUCCUGAUUUCUUGAAGGGUGAAUAUGAUACUGGUUUUAUUGAGAAGCACAAAAAGGAUCUUCUUUAACAAGUUACUAAAAUUGAAAACCAAUACAUCAUGAGUGCAGUUGUUAGCAAGAUUUCUUAAAAUUUAAAAAAUACUAAGCUUCACUCAACUCUCUAAAACUUUAGAUUGAAUCAUCAUAAAUCUGAAAACUUUAUCUUAAAGGCUUCUGCAGCUUUUAUCAAUACCGAAUUAAAGUACGAAGUUAAUGUUGAAUAUCCUGGAAAUGGUUUGAUGAAUAUAACUAUUAAAAAUCCUUCUAAGCAUACUGUUAUUAAGAGAUUUGAAAAUGUUGCUUACACUCUCACUACUGAAUCUCAAAUCAAUAUUACCUCCUCAGAAAACACUGUUAACACAGAUUUCCUUAUCAGAGGUGAAGAUUGUGUUGUAUUUAACGAGUUUGGUGAUGCACUUCACUUUACUUUCGAAAACAAUUUAGUAGAAAACAGAUCUUCUACUUCAAAUGAUACUCAAGACCCUAACAUUAUUAAAGCUCCUAUGCCUUGCACUCUUGUUAAAGUAAAUGUUAAAUAAGGAGAUAAAGUUAGUGCUGGCUAACCUAUUGUCAUCCUUGAAGCAAUGAAGAUGGAACAUGUAAUUAAAGCUAAAAAGGAUGGUGUUGUUAAAGCUGUUAAAUUCAGAGAUGGCGAAUUCGUUCAAGCUGGUAAGUUGAUUGUAGAAUUAGAGUGA